GGGACACAACGGCGGCGUGUGGGAGUGGACGUCGAGCAAGUUCGACGGCUACGACGGCUUCCGUCCCAGCGCCCUGUACCCCGCCUACAGCGCCGUGCGUGCCGUUUCUGCCUGUCGUCUGCGCCUCACUGACACGUUUGCCACAGGACUUCUUCGACGGCAAGCACAACGUCCUGCUCGGCGGCAGCUGGGCGACGACGCCGAGCAUCGCCGGCCGCCGCACCGUCGUCAACACGUAUCAGUUCGCCUACCCCUACGUCUUUGCGGGCGCGCGUGUCGUGUUCGACCAGGCGCCGAACGGCGCCGCAUGAUGCUCUGCCGCACCGGAAGAGGCGCACGCCGGGCUCUGCCCUUCGCCGGCCGCCGGCGCUUUGCUGCUACCACAUCGCCCUUGCUAUACACCGUCCGCACUACCCUUGCCUGCUCUUCGCCCUCGCGCUGCGUCUCGCUCCGCGGCAAUCGAUGCUUUCGCGCUGUCACUCAUGUCGGCGGGAUCGGCUCCAUUGCUCGGGCCCUUGGCGUGUAGGCAAGACCCUCAUCGCGCACCUGUGGCCCCGGCUCGCGCAUGCAGUCUCUGCCACAAGCCAGCUCCCGUGCUGCACAUCGCUUGCCCGCUGGUGGCUCGAGACACACUCACUGGCUGGACCGCCGCUCGAGCCGUCAUUGUCUUGCUGCGCCGCUCGCCGUCGCUUGCACAGCCUUGACGCGCAAGGAGAGCAGGUCAGAGGCACAGCAGGCAAGAAAGACUCACGACGCACUCAAGCCGUGUCGCGCGCGUGGGGGAC